AUGACCGAACUAGACAAACCUAAAUCCUCCUCCUCCGCCCCUCCUCCGCCGCAAUCUCAACCCUUACCACCUCCUCAGUACGGUACUUUCCAAGGCGUAUCUAACUUCCCACCGCCUCACCCUGCCAUCGGUUUCCCUCAACCCGUUCCCCCUCCCGGCUCCGAUCCCUCCGCCCCUCCCUAUUACCCUCACGGCUACCAAGCUUAUCCCGGUUAUGUUGUUGCGGAAGGAAGACCUGUGAGAGAAAGGCGACUUGGGUGUUGCGGUAUUGGUUGUGGCUGGUGCUUGUUUAUAUUGGGUUUCUUCCUUGGUGCUAUCCCGUGGUAUGUUGGGGCAAUAAUUAUGCUUUGUUCCAGGGUAGACUAUCGAGAGAAGCCUGGAUACAUCGCCUGUAUAGUUGCUGCUGUUGUGGCUACAGUUGCUAUUGUCCUUGGAGCGACAAAUUUAGCAAAUGAAUGGUAA